UUGAAGAGAAAGGUAUAUACUAUAGGAUUUAUUAAAAAUGCCCGACAAAUUAGAAAAAAGUCAACAAGGGGUAGGAAUUGUUGGAGCUGGACUUGUUGGAUGUUUGGCAGCAUUGGCAUUUGCUGCUAAGGGAUACUCUGUAACACUUUUCGAGCUCAGACCUGAUCCAAGAGAAACAGCCGGCAACAGGAACCUUAGAUCGAUCAACCUUGCUGUGAGCGACAGGGGUAUUCGUGCCUUGAAGUAUGUAGACGAGGAAAUGGCCACUAGAGUCUUAGAGAACGUUAUCCCGAUGCAUGGGAGAAUGAUUCAUGAUCUUUCUGGAAAUCAAGAGUCACAAAUCUAUGGACUUUUCGGUGAGAGUAUCAACUCUAUUGACAGGUCAUUUCUUAAUGAUAGUCUUCUUGAUGAGAUUAGACACUCUGAGAAUAUCAAAUUGUUAUUCAACAACAAAUUGGUGAAGAUUGAGGAUUUGGAUAAGGUGCCCAAGAUGACAUUCCAAGAAACAAAGGGAGAAAUUAAAUCAUAUGAAUUUGAUUAUGUGGUUGGAGCAGAUGGAUCUCACUCACAAUUUAGAUAUCAACUUCAAAGAUCAAUGAGAAUGAACUUUUCCCAAGAAUACAUCGAUAUGCAAUAUUUGGAACUUAGUAUCCCACCCAAGAAGUCGUUGCUGGAAGAUGACGACGACCGGUUUAGUUACAGUCCAAAUCAUUUACAUAUUUGGCCAAGACAUAAAUUUAUGUUGAUUGCAUUGGCUAAUAAGGAUGGAUCAUUUACAUCUACUUUUUUCAGUCCUUGGGAAGUUAUAGAACUGUUCAAGAAUGAUGACGAGUUUGUCGAUUUCUUUAGAGAAAACUUUAUCGAUGCCGUUGAUCUUGUGGGAGAGGAAGGGUUACGUUAUGCGUUUAAUAGUCAACCUAGAGGCUCGUUGAUGCAGGUCAACGCGUAUCCAUACCAUCAUCCUAACGGUAGAGCAUUGAUCAUAGGAGAUGCUGCCCAUCUGAUGGUUCCAUUUUAUGGACAAGGUAUGAACUGUGGGUUUGAGGAUGUUAGAGUAUUGAUGGAACUUAUUGAUUCCAAGGGAGACAUUUCAGAAGCUUUCAAGGUGUACUCAGAUGUUAGAAAGAAGGAUUUACAAACCAUUUGUAAAUUGGCCAUGGAUAAUUACCAUGAAAUGUCAUCCAAAGUUACUAGUAAGUGGUAUUUACUUAGAAAACGAAUUGAUUAUGCAUUGGGGAAGUAUGGGAAUGGUAAAUAUUUCCAAUGGAUCCCAAUGUACACAAUGAUCUCGUUCCGUGGAGAUAUUCCAUAUUCAAAGGCAGUUGAAAUUGAAGAAAGACAAGCCAAGAUCUUGGGUAGGUUAGAAAUGGGGACUAUUGGAAUUUUCACAGUUGUAGGGAUUGCCAAAUUUGUCCAAUGGUGGAAGAGAUAAGAAUCUCUGUUACACAUAGCUUAAUGAUUAAUUAUAUGAUUAUAUGAAUGAAUUUAUAUUAAUAUUAAUUUCACAGAAUUAUUAUAAAUCUACGUAUAGAUAGAAUC